UCCUGGAUCUGCCUGCCUGCCUCUUUUUUCCAGCAAGAGAUGAGCACCCCAGGGGGGGCUGUGACCAACCGCGGACGGCGCUUCAAAUGGGCCAUUGAGCUGAGCGGCCCAGGCAGUGGCAGUAGGGGCCGGAGCGACCGAGGCGGUGGGCAAGGGGAUGCUAUGUACCCUGUAGGCUACUCAGACAAACAGGUGCCGGACACGAGCGUGCAAGAAACAGAUCGUAUCCUAGUGGAAAAGCGCUGCUGGGACAUAGCCCUGGGCCCCUUGAAGCAAAUCCCCAUGAAUUUGUUCAUCAUGUAUAUGGCAGGCAACACAAUCUCCAUCUUCCCCACCAUGAUGGUCUGCAUGAUGGCGUGGAGGCCCAUCCAAGCUCUCAUGUCUGUCUCAGCCACCUUCAAACUGCUGGAGAGCUCAAGCCAGAAGUUCCUGCAGGGCCUGGUGUAUUUAAUCGGCAACCUCCUUGGGUUGGCUUUGGCUGUGUACAAGUGUCAGUCGAUGGGGCUGCUGCCAACCCAUGCCUCCGACUGGCUGGCUUUCAUUGAGCCCCCCGAGCGCAUGGAAUUCACUGGUGGGGGUCUCGUGUUAUGACCUUAACCGGUCCUUGAAGCCAGCUGCUGCUGUAGGUGUCUGGGUCACCCCCACCGAAUACCGUUCUCCUUUCAACGCACUGAUGGGGCCCACCAGCUUUAAGUAGGUCUGGCUCAGUCGGAGGCCAGUUGUGCAGACGGCUGCAACCACAAAAGACUGUAUUUUUGCCUCCGAAGAGUGGGGAGUCAGUCCGCCAUGUCCUCCCACUUCCCCGCCUGCCAUUUUUUGUUGUGCUCAGAAUAAAGGAUUGGGAAGGGGACUCAAA